AUGAACUCCGAGACUGCCUCCGACAAGCCGGGUGCAUCGGGCGAGUCCCCGAAGCAGCUAGGUUAUCUUCCCUAUCUCAAAUUGAAUGAUGGUCACGAGAUCCCCAUGCUGGCAUAUGGACUGGGGACGGCGCGCGUCCGGGGCAAGGACGCCGAUGGACCUUCAAAGGAAAUCAUUGAACUAAUGAAGCUGGCACUUAAGCUCGGGUUCAAUCACCUGGAUGGUGCUGAACUAUAUCGGAACGAGGAGGAACUCGGGAUUGCCAUUAAAGAGUCUGGUGUGUCACGAGAGGCCAUUUAUGUUACGACGAAAGCCAGCUGCCAGGGGGAAAGGUCGCUCGAGGAAUCCUUCAGCGCAUCUCUAAAGCGUCUUGAUCUCGAAUACGUCGACAUGUACUUGCUGCACUACCCAUUCUGGGCCAAGUCGCCCGCGGAGCUGCAAGCCAAAUGGGUAGAGCUUGAGGCAAUCAAGGCCAGCGGGCGGGUGAGAUCGAUCGGUGUGUCGAACUUUUUGAUCGACCACCUUGAGACUAUCCUCGCGACGGCUAAGAUCCCACCUGCCAUCAACCAGAUCGAACUGCAUCCUUGGCUCCCCCGCACCGAGCUCCUAGCAUACCUCCGCGAGAAGAACAUCGCUGUGUCGGCCUACGGGCCGCUCACGGCCGUCACAAAGGCAGCCAAGGGAGAUGCGCUUGAGGAGGCGUAUGCCGAGCUGGCCAAGAAAUAUGGGGUGAGCCCCAGCGAAAUCGGUCUCCGUUGGUGCAUUGACAGCGGCAUUGUUGCCAUCACCACCAGCUCCAACGAAGGACGGAUGCGCCAGUAUCAAACCAAGACACCGAGCUUCAAGCUCACACCCAAAGAAGUCGAGAAAAUAUCGCAGUUGGGAGCGAGAAACCAUUACCGCGGGUUCUUCACCAACUAUUUUGCAGAGGACGACCGGCGUUGA